UUUGAAGCACUAUUAAACAUACCUCUGCAACACCAGCUGUCCUGCAGCGGACAGGACAGCUCUGCUGGUAGUCAUCAUGUCCAAAAUGUCUUUACUGAAAGACCGUUUCCUUCACGGAGCAAUUAGCCUCCAGCAAGAUUCAUCUCACCUGCUGGACGUCCGUCACAGAGCCAUAAAACCUCUACCUGACACACUCUGGAAUAACUUUCAACCUUUCUGGCCAUCUGUGACACGAACCCUGCCAAGGUCGUGCCAAGGUCGUGCCUAUCUUUAACAGCAGGGGCGGCUGGCUCCGUCGGAGGAAGUGAUGCAGUCAAAUGUUUAUUUCUGUUCCUUCGCUGCAGCAGUAAAAGCGUUUCAGUGCAAAGGUGGUAAACAGCAUCAUGCUGGUCUGCUGCUAAUAUCACACCUUUACGAGGACGCCCUUCAUCUCUGGGUGUUUACAAGCCUUCAGAAAGCUUCAUUUUCACAACCUGCCUCUGGGUCAGUAAACUGUUUGCUGCACCGACCCACCAGACAUGUUAGAGCAGGUGCGUUUGGUCUAAGAAGAAGUCCUUUUCAUCAUCAGCUUCGCUGUAAAAACCAUUUAUGAGCAGCUGCUGGGGAUCGUGUAGAGGUUUACGUGAGUCCGCUGGAGUCUUCACCCAGAAUAAAGCCAGGAGCUUGUAAAAGUGUUUGUAGCACACGUUUCAGCCAGCCAGGGUUGGAUAUGAAACAACAAAACACAGUCAGCUCCAUAACGUCCUCACCGAGAACAAAACACGACUCAGGAAGGUUGAACUACACCAGGGGUGUCAAACUCACACGGGGCCCAAAUGAAACUCUGGGACGGAGUCGAGGGCCAAACUUAACAUUUUUUGAAAAAGUGACGCAAAUUUGCACAUUUUCUUUAUCAACAUAAAUGCAAUUUUGAACCCUUAAAGUUGGAAACAAACAUAUUUCUGCAUUAACACUGAAUGUGGAAUAACCAAAUGACACACGAGCAAGUCAGUUUUAAAUAAAAGGCAUCAGUGGUAUUCAUUACUUGUGGUAUAUUCAGCAUUUUUAAAAUCUAUUCAGGAUUUAUGUUUUCUUGUUUAUUAAUUUUUCUUAUUUUUUAUUCUCCUUUUUUCUCCUGUAAUACGUGUCAUCGCUGCUGUGACGUCUAGCUUUCCACACUGAGGAACAAUAAAGGGAUUUUCUAUUCUAUUCAUCUAUCUGCAGCCUUUCCACUUCCUGUUUACUGUAGGUUAAAUCUUUUCUCACGGGCCAACAACAAAAUAAAAAUAUAAUUUUAUCUUAGAUGAAAAUGCAACAUCUCACCUGUUAACUUUCAUGUUUUGGAGCAGAAAAAGAGCAUAAAACCAGCAUAUUUAAAGCUCAGUUUGCUCCACUGGUUUACUGUGGUGCUCACCUGUUUCAGCCAGAUACCUGCAUCAUGGGGUUGAUCUGAGCUGAGGAGGAGACUCCUGUUGUUUUGUUCAUCUUCAUCAUAAUAAUGACAACAUUAGAUGACAACAGGUGCUCACAUAGGUUUGUGCUGAUGAACAUGUCUGAGCAGCUUGACCAUGUUGUUGUGUGUCGGGGAGGAAAAAUAAAAACUACAGCAGCCACAGAGUCAUGCUGGUUUGAGCGUGUCGCUGCUCACUGGAGUUAUAUCAGCUCUGUCUGGAAGUUAGCUGGAAAACUUUCUCUUUCAGUCGUGAACACGUUACUGAGCGGCUAGAAUCUCCGUUUCUGGGCUUCAACAUCGGCAAAUAGCUGAGUAAACUCGACGCUGAGUGAGAGGAGUGUUUAGUUUGUCCGAGACAGCAGAGCUGCAGACACCGGCAGCAGGCACUGGAAAAAACACAAAGGAGGGGGCGCGUCUGCUCCGCGCUGACGCCGCAAAGCGUCAUGGGAGUAGAAGUCUUUGCCGUAAAAUCGGCCAGCGGGCCAGUUUUAAUAUAUUUUUGAUAUUUAUCUCGCGGGCCACAUAAAAAUGCUCCGCGGGCCGCAUCUGGCCCGCGGGCCUUGUGUCUGACACAUGUGAACUACACAGUUCUUCUCUGGUGACGGUGAGGAAACACCAAAAUCUCAUGACCACCAGUUAUUUGUUUUUCUCAAUGUCAGAUCAUGUUUAGUUUCAUGAGUUUUUUUAGUUUAUUUGUUGUUUUUUCAGGUGGUUGGUUUUAUUCUGAAAAACAAACACUUCCAGCACCAUCAUCGAUCCGUGUCCAUAUCAGGGAGCUUUGAUCUAAAGGAGGCCAAGUCUUUUACCUUCUGAUCCGAGAUGAGCUCACGCCACAUGUUACCUCUUCAGGAUGCUAGUGAAGAAUUUAGCUGCUAAAGAGCCAGACAGCCUUACCCAAUAAACGUGGAUUUUUGGGUUAAACAUGCGCUUAAAGGUGUGGUUCACUGAAAAACUUGUUUUGAUGAUAAUUUCUGAUUCUAACGGGUCAGUCUGAGUGUUUCAUGCAGGCUGAACAUGAAAAUAGUCUCCUACACCUAUCUCCUGCAUCAGCUUCUGAUAGAAAACAGACGGUGAAACUCUAGGAUCAGAAAAUCCUGACAGAUCAACAUCACCCUGUCACUAACAUUCAUGGACUCACCCAUCUCGACUCAUGACGGGGAAGGCUGUUGUUGGUUUAGCGUCCAGGAAACAGCAGAGAACGUCUCUGCUACUAGAAGCUAACCGUUUGCAGCUCCACCACACAGCAGAACUCCUCCCGGCUUGUGUUAUUUGUGGAGAUAAAACAUCAACGUUGGAGUCGGUGGUGGAGUUGUGUUGCCGUUAGCCAAUCGGAGGAGAGAUGUCUGAAUAUCAGGAAAUAAGAUGCCAGAUCCUGUCGUCUGAAGCUCAGCCCUGAUGAGGCUCACCUCUAGUUCCUUAUAAAGGUGCACCGGAACUUUGUUUCCCCAAGGCGUGCAUUCCUACUAGGGAAAUGUGUUGGUUAAACGAGUGACCCAGAGAGACAUUUUUCUAAGUGGUGUUUUGUUUACGCCGAUGAGCCACUUGUGUCUCCUCCUAUCUUCAUCCUGAUUGUGGUGACACACGGCGCUCCGGCAUUCCCAUUCUGCUAUAAUAAACCACAUUCCCUGGAGCAAUUCCUUUGGUCUGUUUGUGGUCCCUGAAUGUGCGCGCACACACACACACACACACCCUGUCUCACCUCCCUCCCUGCCCAUAGCUUAUCCCUUCACGGCUGUCCACAGCUUCCCAUUGGGCCGUCUCUGAGGACCUCUGAGUGUGCUGGUCACAUUAGAUCAGUGAGUCUGAGGACUGCACGGUCUCCGCACAGAGGACAGGCAGCAUCCAGCACCAGGAUCUGGACACAAAAACCAACAGGAGAGGACUGCAACUCCUCCAUCACAUCCAUGAGAGACAUGGGAGGAAAGGAAAAGAAGAUUUUGGUGAUUACAAACGUGCAAAACUACCAGGGGUCUGAUCAGAGGACUUUGUGUGACGAUUCGGUUUCUGGUGAGAAGAAUGGUAGAGCGCCCUCGUCGUCAGUGCCACCACCGAUACCCAUGCCCCCCAUCGUGGAGAAGAUGGAGGGACUGAAGGCCAUCCGUAACCGUAGCAACAGCCUUCGUUUGGGCCACCUGGCCUUCUACCGACACCUGGAGAAGGUGGAGACGAUGCGCUGCUUCUGGGAGCUCAAACACGUGGAGCUGGAGGGAGGAAACCAUCAGGCAAAAGAUGAAAAGGAUAAAGCUAAACAGAACCUGAAGGGUGGGAAGUCCCAGAAGAAAAGGAAACCUCACGACUCAUCAGGCGCCUCGUCUCUAAACGGAUCAGGGCCGCAGAAGCAGGUGGAGCAGCUCAACAGGGAAAACUCAGAGCAUUCCCAUGAAAACGCAGAAGCCGGCAUCCGGAACUCCGAGGAUGCAGGAAGUAAGGGCAGAAGACAGAAACCAACAGAACUGAUCCUGGAUGGGUCGAAUGCUUCGGCAGGCCCAGCAGAGGAGAGGAGGAAGAGGGAAGGAGAGGAUGACGAGGAUGACGAGGAUCUCUUUGAUGAUACGGAUGCAGAGGAAGAGGAGCAGCAAGCAGAAGCGGUUCCAGAACAGAAAGUGGAGAAUGAUGUAAAGAAGAGGCUGAAAGGAGAGGAAGAAGAGUUAGAAACGGCUGCAGAGGAAAACUCGGAGGAGGCAGGAGACGUUGCUGCUUCCGGCAAACGCCACGUCACUGAGGAAGACCUGCUGAAGGACGACCUGAAGAAGAGCAGGGUGGAAAACGGGAAAGUGGGAACAGCUGAUGACCAAGAAGCCUCAGAAUCCCAGGAAGUGAAGGCAACAGAUGAGGAAGUUGGAGAGCCCGGAGUGACAGAAUUCCUCAUCGACUCAAGCCCUCCACCUGUGGCACCUUUUGACCAUCGCGUUGUGACUCCCAAACCCCACCAGAUAGCCACCUACUACACCAUUAACCAGGACGAAGUCCUCGGCGGCGGGCGUUUCGGACAAGUCUACAAGUGCUUGGAGAACUCAUCUGGUCUGACCCUCGCAGCCAAGAUCAUCAAAGCUCGAAGCCAGAAGGAGAAGGAGGUGGUGAGGAACGAGAUCCAGGUGAUGAACCAGCUGAACCACGCCAACCUCAUCCAGCUCUACGCCGCCUUUGAGUCACGCAAUGACAUCAUCCUUGUGUUGGAGUACGUGGAAGGAGGCGAGCUGUUCGACCGCAUCAUCGACGAGAACUAUAACCUCACGGAGCUGGACACGGUCCUGUUCAUACGCCAGAUCUGUGAAGGGCUGCAGUACAUGCACAAAAACUACAUCCUGCAUCUGGAUCUGAAGCCAGAGAACAUUCUUUGUGUCAGCAGAGCAACUAACAAGAUCAAAAUCAUCGACUUUGGUCUCGCAAGAAGAUACAAGCCCAGGGAAAAGCUGAGGGUCAACUUCGGAACGCCGGAGUUUUUAGCUCCUGAAGUCAUCAACUACGAGUUUGUUUCAUUCCCAACCGACAUGUGGAGUCUUGGAGUCAUCACGUAUAUGCUGCUCAGCGGCCUGUCUCCUUUUCUGGGGGACGACGACAACGAGACGCUCAACAACAUUCUGGCCUGUCAGUGGAACUUCGAGGAGGAGGAGUUCGCCGACAUUUCCGAUGAAGCCAAAGACUUCAUCACGCGCCUGCUGGUGAAGAGCAAGAGCUGGAGGAUGAGUGCCACAGAAUCCCUCCGACACACGUGGCUCUCGGACCGGAACCUGCACUAUCGACUACAUCAGAAGAAGAAGAAGUGCCACUCCACCCGUGCUCCUCAGCCAGAGAGCUAAACAGAAACGCCGCGGCUCUCGGAUCUCCUUGUGACAUCGCAGGGCCCCGGAGCCCAACUCUGGACCAAUUCUGCUUGUUGACAGAUUAUUGCUCACAGCCUCACAUCUCUAUCGUCGCAUCACGUAGGUCUGACGCUGGCAUUCACCUGAACCUGUGAGGAUCGUGUCAGAUACUGUAAACCCUGAGUCACUUUAGUAAAUAUCAAAUUUGCUGCUGGCAAAACUGAAAUCAUCAAACUGUCAUCAAACAAAUACAUGUCCAGGUGUUUUUUUUUUUUUUUUGCUCUGCUCUGUUUUUGCCACUUUGUCCAAAAUUCAACAAUCUAGGCAGGACGAUUUUCAUUUGAUCAUUUGUUUUGGUUAAGUCUGUUUUAAAGCAUUUAUUUUAAUUUAUGAGUCUUAUAAUACAGUUAUUUGUGUCAAACGUAAUCCCCACACCACUAAUUUAUUUUGUACAUAGCUGCUCUUUCUCCACGUUGAGACCUUUUACUCUGCAGAGCGUCAUCACCUUCUGUUUGCGUCCAUGUUUGUUUGGUUUUGCAGUUUGGAGCAUCCUUCUCACCUUCCGUGAAGGCAUAACUAACAACACACACUACCUACGAAUGACUCGCGCUUAUGAUUGGAGUGUUCCUUUAUCCACUGGCUCAACACCAGACUGUACUUGAAAGCUUUUUUUUCAGACUCAAACGGGAUUUUGCAUUUGUUCUCAACAACGUUUGGUUUGAGGAGCGAAGACGACGCCCAUCACUGCUCUGAUGUGUCGUUCCCCUGAAGGAACAUAGAGUUAGAACAUAAUUUUUAGUUCUGGGCUGUUUCACUUUGAAUGAAAAAGCUUUGUGUUUUAAACAUUUCUUCGUCAGAAUUUAUAUGAUUUUUUUUUCAAGUUUUUUGUGAAAACAUGAAAUUUAAAUAAUUGUAGAGCAUAUUAAUAAAAGAUGCACAUAAGAAAGAA